AUGCCUUCACAUUUUGUUCGUCAGAAGUUCGGACUGAAGCGCCGAACUGAUAGUCAUCUAUCUAUCUAUCUAUCUAUCUAUCUAUCUAUCUAUCUAUCUAUCCCAAUACAUACAUACAUACAUACAUACAUACAUACAUACAUACAUAUCUAUCUAUCUAUCUAUCUAUCUAUCUAUCUAUCUAUCUAUUUCACUCUUCUCCCUCUCUUUCUAUCACUCUCUCAGAUUUAUUCAGUAAUUUCUUCAUUUUUUUUCUUUCUUUUUUCCUAUCUUUUUUCUCGUUUUAUUGAUUUUUUUGCUUCUUUUUUUCUUUCUUUAUUUCUUUCUAUUUCUGAGCUGAUCCAUUCUUUGUUUCUGAAAUAUUUUUCUUUCUUUUUUCCUAUCUUUUUUCACGUUUUAUUGAUUUUUUUGCUUCUUUUUUUCUUUCUUCCUUUCUUUCUUUCUUUCUUUCUUGCUAUUUCAGAGCUGAUCCAUUCUUUCUCUGAUCCAUUCUUUGUUUCUGAACUAAUUUUUUUUCUUUUUUCCUAUCUUUUUUCACGUUUUAUUGAUUUUUUUGCUUCUUUUUUUCUUUCUUCCUUUCUUUCUUUCUUUCUUUCUUGGUAUUUCAGAGCUGAUCCAUUCUUUCUGUUUCUGAACUCGUUUUUUUCUUUCUUUUUUCCUAUCUUUUUUCUCUUUUUUCUUUCUUUUUCUCUUAUUUUUUUCUCUCUUUUUCUUGAUUUGUUCGUUUCUUUCCUUCUUUCUUUUUUUUUCUAUUAUUUAACUCUUCACAUCAUUUUUAUUUCUGAACUACUUCCCUUUUUCAUUGUUUUUAUUUCUCAAAAACUUAUUUUCUGUCUUUUGCUUUUUAUCUUUUUCUCUCUUUCUUCAAACUGUUUCUUUGUUUCUUUAUUUCUUUUCAUUUCUGUAGUUAUUCGUUCUUUCUUUCCUUCUUGCUAUUUAUAA